AGUCUCGGAACAUUCUUACUACAACUUAAUCUUGAAGAAAGCUGGACAGUUCCUGACAAAUUUGCAGAUUAAUCUUCUGAAAUUUUCUCUUUCCUUACGAGCACAUUCUCCAACCAUUCAAAUGUUUCAGCAGAUUGCAGCUGAUGAGCCUCCACCGAAAGGUUGCCGUGCAUUUGUAGUUAUCCAUGGGAAGAGCACCUGUAAAACUAAUGAAAUUAAGAAGCUUCUGAAGAAGGCUGCUUCGAGGCCCAAGCCAUAUAUGUUCAAAGGGGACCACAAAUUCCCUACGCUCAAUGACACUGCCCCGACAGUGAUCCUUUAUGCUGAAAUGGGUACAAAAGACUUUGCAACAUUUCACAAAGUUUUGUCUGAAAAAGCAGGAAAGGAGGAAAUUGUUUACCUUCUUCGACAUUUCAUCCAGAAACCUAGCCCUGAGAAGAUGUAUCUAUCAGGAUAUAGUGUGGAACUUGCAAUAAAGAGUACUGAGUACAAAGCGGUGGAUGACACUUGGUCUGAAGGUGCAGUGAAUGUAACAGAGGAAGAAAGCAAUGGAGAAAAUGAAGUCCAGGGAUUUCUUUUUGACACUCUAAGGCAGAACUAUCCUGACCUCAAAGACAAUCUAAAAGAGCUGAAGAAAUACCUGAUUGAAAGUGCUGAUGAUACUGAGCCUUUGAAGGUGUGGGAAUUACAAGACCUUAGUCUUCAGGCAGCUUCUCAAAUUCUCUCUGUCCCAGUUUACAAUGCAUUGAAAGUAAUGAAAGACAUUGCACAGAACUUUCCAGUAAAAGCCAGAUCCUUGACCAGAGUACUAGUAAACCAGCAAAUGCGAAAAGAAAUAGAGGAAAAUCAAAAGCAUCUGCAUGAAACACUUGAACUUCAGCCUGGCGAAGCACGCUUAUUUCUAAAUGGCCUUCCUAUAGACUUGGAUUUUCAUGAUCCAUUUAGUAUUUUAGAAACUCUGAAGUUAGAAGGGAAGGCAAUGCAUGGACUUCAUUCCUUUGGAAUCAAGGGAGAUACGCUUCAUAAAUUAAUGAGAUUAGCCGGACGAUCUGAUGAUGAUACUUACGCACUGGAUAUUCGUCACUCUGCAAUAAUAUGGAUCAAUAACAUAGAAAAGGAUCACAUGUAUAACAAGUGGCCUACAAGUUUCCAGGAGCUUCUUAAACCAACAUAUGCAGGAAUGAUGCGACAAAUUCGUCGGAAUUUAUAUAAUCUGGUCAUCUUUAUUGACCCUAUCCAGGAAGAAGCAUCUACCUUCAUGAAUCUUGUUGAGGUUAUCUACAGUCAGAAAGUACCUCUUAGAAUUGGAUUUGUUUUCGUCCUAAAUACUGAUGAAGAGGUGGAUGGAAAUGAGGAUGCGGGAGUAGCUUUAUGGAGAGCUUUUAACUACAUUGCAGAUGAAAUGGAUAUCCCUGAAGCUUUUGCCUCCAUAAUAAAAAUGUACCGUGAAGUAAAAGAUGGAGGUAUGCUUUCUGUGGAACAUGUGAAGCGUGUUCUUCGCGGUGCAUUUCCUCAUGCUGACAUGCAAGAUAUCCUGGGUGUUGACUCUGAAUAUGAUGAGAAGCGAAAGGCAGGAGCAGUGUUUUAUAAGAAGACUGGCCUGGGUCCGUUGCCUCAAGCUCUCUUUAAUGGUGUGCCCUUUAACAGAAAAGAGAUGAAUGUUGGAGAGCUAGGGAGCUCCCUGCUGAAGAUUAUGGAUGCCACAGAAUCCUUUCAGCGGGCAGUGUUCAUGGGCCAGCUGAAUGAUCAUAAAGAUGCUGUAGAUUUCAUCAUGGAACAACAGAAUGUGGUUUCACAUAUAAAUGAAAAAAUCCUUAGCUCUGAAAGAAGAUACCUGAACUUUAUAUCCCCAUCAGCGCCUAUAGAUACAAGUGAUUUCUCAACUUUUUCCUUCUUGGACUCUCAGGACAAGACUUUUGUUAUUUCAGAAAACGUAAAAUAUGUGACAAGGAAAGAUGAAGAUAUAAUAUAUCCAGUUACCAUGUGGAUUGUUGCUGAUUUUGACAAACCAGAUGGAAGGCAAUUGCUUUCUAAUGCACUGAAGCACCUGAAAUCUAGCAGUCAUGCACAGUUGGGGAUUGUGAAUAAUCCAGCUUCAAAAAUAACUGAAGAUAACACUGUCAUUGCAAGAGCCAUCUUGGCAGCAUUCUUAACUCAGAAAAACGCAAGUCGGAAAAGCUUUCUCAGUCGGAUUCUUAAGGAGGAGGUAGCAAAGGCUCUUGCAACAGGAGCUAAAAUCAAGAAGUUUUUUGUUCCGGGAAUGGAUGAUGACACUUUUGAGAAGAAAUACCACACGCUGGGUGUUGACCUAAUUCAGGCUCACCGGAUAUUUUGCCAGGAGGUUCUUCGGCUCCUUCCUGGGCAAAUGGCUGUUGUUACUAAUGGCAGGAUAAUAGGUCCUGUACAUGAAAAUGAAUUCAGUCUAGAAGACUUUGACUUGUUGGAGCAGAUAACACUGAGUGCAGCUACUGUGAAAAUUAAAAGCCUCAUCAAGGAAAUGGGCAUUGAAAGUAAACGUGGCAGUAAUUUAGUAAUGAAAGUAAAUGCACUUCUUUCUUCAAUGCCAAAAAUGGAUGCCCGCCGAAAUAUUGAAUUUCUCAAAGAGCAACAAAGUGUACUAAAGUUAGAUCCACAAGAAAAUGAACCCUUCUUUGAUGUCAUUGGUAUCGUAGAUCCACUAACAAGGGAAGCACAGAAGCUGUCGCAUUUACUAAUUGUGCUAGGUCAGGUUGUCCAUAUGAGGCUGAGACUUUUCAUGAACUGCAGAUCCAAGCUAUCAGAAGUACCUUUGAACAGUUUUUAUCGCUCUGUUCUGGCGCCAGAACUCACCGCUGGAAUCCAUGAUCUCUUUCCUCUUCCACCUGGAGCAAACUUUCUUGAAAUGCCAGAGUCUCCUCUCCUGACCUUAAACAUGAUCACUCCAGAAAGCUGGUUAGUUGAAGCAGUGAACAGUUCCUAUGACCUUGAUAACAUUCGUUUAAAAGAUGUAGAUGGUAUCAUUUCGGCUGAGUACGAAUUAGAAUAUUUGUUGCUUGAAGGACAUUGUUUUGAUGUAACCUCCCGACAGCCACCUCGCGGAUUGCAGUUCACUCUGGGAACAAGGAAUGAUCCUGUUCAAGUUGAUACAAUUGUGAUGGCCAACCUGGGGUAUUUUCAGUUAAAAGCUAACCCAGGCACAUGGAUAUUGAGACUGCGUGAAGGAAGAUCAGAAGACAUCUACCAAAUAUUUAAGCAUGAAGGGACUGAUUCUUCUGAAGCUCUAGAAGAGGUUAUCGUAGUAUUAAAUACUUUCAGAAGCAAAAUCAUCAAAGUCCAAGUGCAGAAAAAACCUGAUGAAAUUAGCGAAGACCUCCUGAGUGACAGGUUGACAGAAGAAGAGGAAGAUUUGAUGGCAAGUUCUAUAGGAGGCACUCAAACAUCGGAAAAAGAGAAGAAAAUGGAUAUAUUAAACAUAUUUUCUGUGGCAUCUGGCCAUUUAUAUGAACGAUUUUUAAGAAUUAUGAUGCUCUCAGUUCUGCACCACACCAAGACACCUGUUAAAUUUUGGUUUCUGAAAAAUUAUCUGUCACCUACGUUUAAAAAAGUUAUCCCUUAUAUGGCAGAAGAAUAUGGAUUCCAGUAUGAACUUGUGCAAUACAAAUGGCCACGUUGGCUUCAUCAACAGACUGAAAAGCAAAGAAUAAUCUGGGGUUACAAAAUUCUCUUUCUGGAUGUUCUCUUCCCAUUAGCUGUGGACAAAAUAAUAUUUGUUGAUGCUGAUCAGAUCGUAAGAAGUGACCUGAGAGAACUCAGAGAUCUGGAUCUGAGAGGAGCACCUUAUGGUUAUACUCCCUUCUGUGAUAGUCGUAAAGAAAUGGAUGGUUACCGUUUCUGGAAGUCGGGGUACUGGGCUUCACAUCUCGGAAAAAGGAAAUACCAUAUCAGUGCUUUAUAUGUCGUGGAUCUGAAGAGGUUUCGGAAGAUUGCUGCAGGAGAUAGACUUCGAGGUCAAUAUCAAGCCCUGAGUCAGGAUCCAAACAGCCUAUCCAAUCUAGAUCAGGAUCUUCCAAAUAACAUGAUUCAUCAGGUGGCCAUCAGGUCUCUUCCCCAAGAGUGGCUGUGGUGUGAAACUUGGUGUGAUGAUGAAUCCAAGAAGAAGGCCAGAACCAUUGAUCUGUGUAACAAUCCCAAAACCAAAGAACCCAAACUAGAAGCUGCCAUCAGGAUAGUUCCAGAAUGGGCAGAGUAUGAUUCAGAAAUACAGAAGCUAAUCAGUCGAAUCAGAAAUGAGAAGAAGAAUGUGAUCCAGUCCCGUCACACAGAUUCCAAACAUGAUGAGCUUUAGCAUUAUUUGGAAGUGGUCCUGAUGGCACAACUUACUCUGCUGCUAACCACAAACUUAGGAGCGGGAUAUGCUACUGUUCACUGAUGUAAAUACUACGAAGACUAUAUUUUUAAAACACACUUUUUAAAAGGUUGUUUUGUGGCAGCCUGUAGUCUGAGCAGGGUGAGCUUUUUCCUGGCUGAGACCAUGGGCAGUGAGUACGCUCUUUGUACUGAGAAUGGGAACAGUUUGGAAAGCACAGUAACGUGCUGACUACAUGCCUUGUUGUUCAGUCUAAGAAGCUUCCUACAUAUCCAAGACUAACACAAGUUCUGAUGCUACAUCUGUUAAAUAUAUAUUGUUCUUAUUUCAAGUACAUUUUUGGUGGGCGGCCCAAGGGUGAAGGGAUCUUCCUUGCCCCACUUUUAAGGCAGUUUUAUCUUGGUAAAAUCCACUUCUUCAGAAAACAGAAAUUUCAUGCAGCUUAGAAACAUGUACAUAAUUGUGAGUGUGCUUAGUGUGAUGGAAAUAAACAAACGGAAUAUCUCACGUCUAGAGAUGGGCACUUUGUAUUCAUAUCCCGGGGAUACACCAAGUUCUCUCCCCAAGAA